ACUCGGCGAGUGCACGGUCUUAUCGACGUUCACAAGCACAGUCACUGCGCAUUACUGGGGAAAAGAACGUUCGAGUAUUUAUUUUUUAAUUUAUAAUCUCAGAUUACAAAAAAUGCCUGGAUAUUCCGACAGAGACCGCGGUCGCGACAGAGGUAGCUACAGCAGUGGCCCCCCACGCUUUGGAGGCAGCAGAAAUGGACCUCCUCAGGGCAAGAAGUUUGGGAAUCCAGGUGACCGUCUGCGGAAAAAGCACUGGAACCUGGAUGAGCUCCCUAAGUUUGAGAAGAACUUCUACCAGGAGCACCAUGAGGUUUCUCGGAGGUUACCUCAAGAUGUUGAACACUACAGGAGAACCAAAGAGAUCACAGUGAAGGGUCGAGACUGUCCCAAACCCAUCAUGAAAUUCCAUGAAGCAAGCUUUCCAAACUAUGUGAUGGAUGUGAUCACAAAACAGAACUGGACUGAUCCAACCCCCAUCCAAGCUCAGGGGUGGCCAGUUGCACUUAGUGGCAAAGAUCUGGUCGGCAUUGCACAGACCGGCUCGGGAAAAACCCUCUCGUACUUGCUUCCUGCUAUUGUUCACAUAAACCACCAACCAUUCCUGGAGCACGGAGAUGGGCCCAUUUGCUUAGUGUUGGCUCCCACCCGUGAGUUGGCACAGCAGGUCCAGCAGGUGGCGGCAGAGUACGGCAAAGCUUCUCGUCUGAAGACCACCUGCAUCUAUGGAGGCGCGCCCAAAGGACCACAAAUCCGGGACCUGGAAAGGGGAGUUGAGAUCUGUAUUGCCACACCUGGAAGGCUUAUUGAUUUCCUAGAGGUCGGAAAAACAAAUCUGCGCAGAUGCACGUAUCUUGUGCUGGACGAAGCUGACAGGAUGCUUGACAUGGGUUUUGAACCUCAGAUUCGGAAAAUCUUGGACCAAAUUAGACCAGACCGACAGACUCUUAUGUGGAGUGCUACGUGGCCCAAAGAGGUGAGGCAGCUGGCUGAGGACUUCCUGAAGGAGUAUGUACAGAUCAACGUUGGUGCUCUGCAGCUCAGCGCCAACCACAACAUCCUACAGAUUGUCGAUGUUUGCAAUGAUGGCGAGAAAGAGGACAAACUGAUACGUCUGCUGGAGGAAAUCAUGAGUGAGAAGGAGAACAAGACCAUUAUCUUUGUGGAGACCAAAAGGAGGUGUGAUGAUCUUACUAGGAGGAUGCGUAGGGAUGGGUGGCCAGCAAUGGGUAUCCAUGGAGACAAAAGCCAGCAGGAAAGAGAUUGGGUGCUCAAUGAAUUCAAAUAUGGAAAAGCGCCCAUCCUCAUUGCCACAGAUGUCGCCUCCAGAGGACUAGAUGUGGAGGACGUCAAAUUUGUCAUUAACUAUGACUACCCCAACAAUUCCGAGGACUACAUUCACCGCAUUGGCCGUACGGCUCGCAGUCAGAAAACUGGCACGGCGUACACUUUCUUUACGCCCAACAACAUGAAACAGGCUCACGACCUCGUCUCUGUCCUCCGGGAGGCCAACCAAGCCAUAAACCCCAAGCUCAUCCAAAUGGCCGAAGACAGAGGAGGUCGUUCAAGGGGAGGGCGAGGUGGGGGGUUUAGGGACGACCGUCGGGAUCGCCACUCCAGCAGCAGGCGGGACUUCAACAGCUACAGCCAGGACAACCGUAAUGGUGGUGACUCUUAUGGGCAAAAGAAGGUGUUUGGAAACAAGACUCAAAACGGAUCUACUGGCUACAACGGCAGCGGCAGUAGCAGCUUUAAUGGGGGUUACAGCAAUAACGGACAGGGUAGUUUUGGCAAUCAGUCUGGUGGCUAUGGAAACCAAGGCUAUCAGAACCAGCAGUUUGGUCCCAAUCAAGGGAGCGUUCAGAGCAGCAUGAACCACCCUCCACCGUUCCCCUUUAACCCUCAACAGAUGCAACAGUCCAUGCCGUUCCCCAUGGCCCCUCCUGCAUUCCCUCAGUAAAUGCAGUUUCAUUUAGCGAAUCUUAAUCUUUCAUUGUUCUGUUCACGUAACCUUAUUUCUUCAAAGCAGGUUGUAAAAUGUACAUGCUGUGCAGGAUAUUUUUUUUCCCCUGCCCUCCCCCUUUUUGUUAGUUGUAUUUCUUUUUUUUAGUAACUUAAAGUUAUUUUGUACUAUGUAGAGGUAAUGAAGGAUCUACACUUGUAAAAAUGUCAAGGGCCAUAAAUGGCUAUUGCAUGGUCCUCGAAUAAAAUAUUAAAUUAC